CGGUCUCACCUAUGUAUGGAAGUGUUUUCGUCGUCAUCGGAUGUUAUUUUCCAGGAAGUGAGAUGAUGCAUCGACCAGGAUCACGGGGGGACUGGCAGAAAUGGUGGUCGGACCACGGGGCAGGAAGGAUCGGGAUUGCAGUAUAAAAUCAGUACGCCCUACCAGUGGACAUUCUCAUUCGCUGGUGGACCGUAGCCCGUGCCGUGUGCCAGUGCCCAGAAACGUGUGGUUGCGCAUUCAAGUGUUCGCGGUUUAGUGUUGGCGUGCAGGCGUGUAACAAUAAAGUUGUGUGUGUGAGAGGAAGAGAGAGAUGACCGUGGUAGGGCGUGCUCGUUAAGAGUGGUCGCGGUCGGUGGUGAACGUUAUAAAUUGCCGUUGGCGCGUUAAGAAGCGUUCGGGCAAGCAGUGCGGACCAAGCUGGCCAAAAUGUGGCUACCGUUGGCGCUGUGCGUGCUGUUGGAGUUUGCCGACAUUGUCAGUGCAUCGGGCGGGCUGGACGAUGCGCUCGAGGUCACGUUCAGCGAGCGUACCCGGGCCGACUGGGAGAAGGUGUGGCACCAGGAGAGUCAUUCGCGCUGCCGGGAGAAACUGAUACGCCAUCUGUACUGGGCCUGCGAGAAGGACAUUUAUCGGAUUUCGAGACGCAGCGGCGAUGGCAACGGUAACGCCGGGAUGGUGGAAAAGCGUACGAGCAUGGUGGACGAGGGCCAGCUCGUGCCGUACCCGUGGGCAAUUGAUCGCGAGGUGGCGAACGCGUUUCUGCGUACCCGGCGCACUGGGAAGCGCCGAUCGGGCGGGUCAAUUACGGCGGAGUGCUGCACGCGCACCGGCUGCACCUGGGAGGAGUACGCCGAGUACUGUCCGUCGAACAAACGCUUGAACCAGUACCGGCGUAGGAAGUAAUAGGCGGUAUUGGUGUGCCAACGCGAAUGUAUCCGUGGUGAUGGUGAGGUCUUUGCCGGUCGUGGAUUUGUGACGGAAGGCAUGGGAUGCAGGUGGAGGUAGAACGGGAAGAUUUCUCGGUAUUCUUGAUCAUCGUACGCAGCAGCAUCGGUUGUAUAUUGCAGCACAUUUUUUGUUUGUAUUUGUAAUGUGAAAUAAAGGAAUCCGCACUAUACAA